GGUAUUUGAAUCGAAUCGACGUGAACGAACAAAACCACUUUUGCCUCUUCUCUCUUCUCUUAGCGGCUACGAUUCGAUCUCUUAAACCCUAGAUUCCUUCUGACUUCUUUUUGUCCUGAUAUUUGUGAUUUGGUUUUUUUUCUCAAACUCUUACUGUUCAUUAUCCGACGACAAGGAUCUAUCAGUCUUCGCUGCCAAGUCUGUUCUCAUGUCUACCGUUGCUCCUCCUUCUGAUCAAGCUGCUGAUUUAUUGAAAAAACUGUCUUUAGAUUCAAAGGCAAGGACUUUGGAGAUCCCCGAGCCAACUAAGAAGACGGCUGUUUACCAGUAUGGAGCUAUGGAUUCGAAGGGUCAAGUUCCUUCUUUUGAUCGAUCUUUGUCACCAAUGUUACCCAGCGAUGCCCUGGAUCCUUCUGUUUUCUAUGUUCCUAAUGUGUAUCAGCAGCCCUACUUUUAUGGUUAUGGGAGUGACUACACAGGUUAUACCAAUUCCGAGAGUGUUGAUAUGACAUCAGGAGCUUACGGAGAGAACGCAUCUCUUGCUUAUCCACAGGGAUAUGGGUAUGCUACCUAUCCUUACUCACCAGCAACAAGCCCUGCUCCACAACUUGGUGGUGAUGGACAGUUGUAUGGUGCUCAACAGUACCAGUAUCCUUUUCCUCUAACAGCCAGUAUUGGGCCUUUCGUUUCAUCUGUUCCUGCCUCUACCCAAAGUAAACUCUCUAAAAACAAAGCAGCCAACUCUGCAUCUGCUGGUGCUUCGAAGGGUGGUUUCCAUAAAGGAAUGAAUGGUUCAGCUCCUGUUAAACCAUCGAAUCAGAGUGCUCUUGGAGGUGGUCUUGCUGCUGGUUAUCAGGAUCCCAGGUAUACCUAUGAUGGGUUUUACAAUCCUGUGUCAUGGCACGAUGGCUCUAACUUCUCAGAUGUGCAGAGGUCUGUUUCUGCCAGUGGAGUUGCAUCCUCAUAUUAUAAGGCUAACAAUAAUGUACCUGCGUCUAGGAAUCAAAACUAUCGCUCCAAUUCGCAUUACACAAGUAUGUACCAGCCUGCGUCCAUGACAGGUUAUGCACCUCAGGGUUACUACGACAGAGUGUACCCAAACAAGUCAUAUGGUCAGUAUGGUAGCACGGUGAGAUCUGGUAUGGGCUAUGGUUCUUCUGGAUAUGAUUCAAGAACAAACGAAAGAGGAUGGCUGCCUACGGACAACAAAUAUAGAAGCCGGGGAAGGGGUAACAGUUACUUCUAUGGAAAUGAGAACAUUGAUGGCCUGAAUGAACUAAACAGGGGCCCUAGAGCCAAGGGCACGAAGAACCAGAAGGACACCAUAGAGGUUAGCUUAGAGGAGGUGAAAGAGCAGACGUUUGAUGAAUCAAAUACUGAGGAGACUGUAACAUGCGUUCUUCCAGAUAGAGAAGAGUACAACAGAGACGAUUUUCCAGUUGAGUAUAAAGAUGCUAUUUUCUUUAUCAUCAAGUCGUACAGUGAAGAUGAUGUGCAUAAGAGCAUCAAAUAUAAUGUUUGGGCUAGCACCCCAAAUGGAAACAAGAAGCUUGCUGCUGCAUAUCAGGAGGCUCAGCAGAAAUCUGGUGGCUGCCCUGUGUUCCUCUUCUUCUCGAUCAACGCAAGUGGACAAUUUGUUGGGCUUGCGGAAAUGAAAGGACCAGUUGAUUUCAACAAAAAUAUUGAGUACUGGCAACAGGAUAAGUGGACUGGCUCAUUUCCUCUCAAGUGGCAUAUUGUGAAGGAUGUGCCCAACAGUUUACUUAAGCAUAUUACUCUAGAGAACAAUGAGAAUAAACCUGUUACCAACAGUAGAGACACACAAGAGGUUAAGUUGGAGCAGGGUUUGAAGGUUGUAAAGAUUUUCAAGGAGCAUAACAGCAAGACAUGCAUUUUGGAUGAUUUCUCGUUCUACGAGGCUCGACAAAAGACUAUUUUGGAGAAGAAAGCUAAGCAGCAACAAUCCCAGAAGCAGGUUUGGGAAGGAAAAACCAAUGAUGAGAACCAGACUGCUGUUGUGAGUUUGAACAGAGAUUGAAGCGGAAUCAAAACAUGGAAGAUCUGACUGCUGCUCUGUUUCUUUGCCCCUAGGAAGUUAGUCUCCAUUAUGGUUUUGGUCAUCUUUUUUUUCGAUUUCGUUCUUUUUUUCUCUGCGGUUUUAAUUUGGUUAGUUUCCUUUUUAUGGGUGUUUGUUUUCUAUUGAACCUACCUUGUAAAAUGCGUAUAAAGAUCCCUGCAUAUGGUGGGAAGAUGAAGAAGCAGAGAAAGAUCAAAUCAGUGUUGGGUUUGUUUUCGUUUUAGCUUAGACAGAUUUUCAUAUUCCUUCUGUUGAGCCUUUUCUUAAUUUCUUCUAGAAUCUUCUAUCUUCCUCCAUUUGUCCUCUGUUUCCAAGUUCUCAAAAUCUAAAAUGCUGAUUGGAUAAAGAAUAACACAUCCAAUUAAAAUGUUUGUUUUUGUUUAUA